AUGGUCACAUCGAGUGUGAUUGGCGGCUCAGGGGACGCGUUGGGUCUAGGGGGGGCGGGGAGGGCACAGUUGUUUGAGGUGAGGGUUGCAUUCUCUGCUGAGCCCCAAACUCAGAGCUUCUGCUGCGGGGAGAUGAAGAUGGAGGGCUGCCUGUGGGUCAUUCUCCUGUCCUCUGUGGUCCUGGCCAACCAAGAAGAUGCUGUGAGGUUGGUGAAUGGUGGUAGUCGUUGCUCUGGGAGAGUUGAAGUUAAUCAUCAAGGAGAGUGGGGCACAGUGUGUGAUCAUCUGUGGGACAUGACUGAUGCUGCAGUGGUGUGUAGAGAGCUGGGCUGUGGUGAUGCUGUGAAGGCUCCUGUUAGAGCUCACUUUGGACAGGGAUCAGGGAGAAUCUGGAUGACUGGAGUGGACUGUAAGGGAUCAGAGUCCACACUGAAGCACUGUGGCCACUAUGGGUGGGCUUUUCAAGGCUGUGACCAUCAUCUUGAUGCUGGAGUCAUUUGUUCAGACCGAGUAUCCCGGUUGUCUAAUGGCUCCAAAUCUUGCUCUGGGAGAGUAGAGCUGUUUCACAAGACGACCUGGGCAUCAGUGUGUGGUGCUGCGUUUGACUGGCAGGAUGCAGAGGUGGUGUGUCGAGAGCUGGACUGUGGGGCUCCUGUAGAGGUGCUGGGAACAGCUGCAUUUGGAGAGGGAAAGGGCCAGGUGUGGUCAGAGGAGAUCCAGUGUGGAGGCAACGAGACUCAGAUUCAACUUUGCCCAACAUCUGCUCUGAAUAUCAACUGCUCACAUGAGAACGAUGUGGGACUGACUUGCAGAGAUGAUCUGAGGCUGGUGAAUGGUAGCAGUCGCUGUUCUGGAAGAGUGGAGGUUUAUCAUGCCGGAGAGUGGGGCUCAGUGUGUGGUAACGGAUGGGACCUGCUUGAUGCUGCAGUGGUGUGUAGAGAGCUAGACUGUGGAGACGCUAUAGAAGCUCUUAAGGGUGCCUAUUUUGGACCGGGAUCAGGAAGUAUUUGGAUGAGUGACGUGCAGUGUUUGGGGUCUGAGUCCACAGUGAAGGACUGCUGGUCACAAAGAUGGGUUACAAAAAACUGUGGUCAUCAUCAGGAUGCAGGAGUAAUCUGCUCAGGAGUCAAACUGGUGGGCCGUUCUCAUUGCUCUGGAAGAGUGGAGCUGCUUCACACGGAGACCAAACACACAGUGUGUGAUGCUGCGUUUGACUGGCAGGAUGCAAAGGUGGUGUGUCGAGAGCUGGACUGUGGGGCUCCUGUAGAAGUGCUGGGAGCAGCUGCAUUUGGAGAGGGAAAGAAACAGAUGUGGUCAGAGGAGAUCCAGUGUGGAGGCAACGAGACUCAGAUUCAACUCUGCCCAACAUCUGCUCUGAAUGUCAACUCAUUCACUGAACUGAUGAACUGCAGCAAGUGGAUCCUCAAACUGGUCAAACACUUCCAUAACUUUCAUUUCAAGGUCCCUGUCUUGAUGUUGCUGCAGUGUUGUUUGAAGCUGACUCCUCAAGCUGGUCAGUAA